AUUUUGUUUACAGAUGAAGAUCCUAACUUUCCAGCUAGUGAACUAAAUACCCAUGGACCUACGGUUCAUGGCUGGCGCAGUGCAGUGGGUAGUACUUUAACUUCACAUGAUAUUGUCUUAAGAUUUCAUAAGCCGGCGAAAAUAUGUCGUAUACAGUUGUUAGCCCACCAGUAUCUGAUACCCGAAAAAGUUGAACUCUGGUUACAUUAUUCCCCCAAAAGUAUACCCAGUACACCCUCUUCACAAUGUUUUGAUUUUUUGGGUUUUGUGGCCUUGGCAGAUAAUGCUGCCACCAAUUAUAAAUCCCGCGAACUGCAAAGUGUUUCGGUUAAUCCUCGCAAAGGCACACAUUUAAAACUGAGACUAAGUGGUCCGCAUGUUAAUGACUUCAAUACCGAUAAACAAAUCGCUUUAAUAGCGGUAAAUGUUUUGGGCGAAGAAUUGGAUGUGACUGCUAAUGGACAGACAAAGGAAACGGAGGAAAAUGGAGGCAGCAGUGCUGCUGCAGCUUCUAAUCAAGAACAGCAACAACAAUCUACACAAGACUCUUCGGGAGAGUCUGCCUUAGCUUCGAUGUGUGAUGAUUUGUUAUUUUCGAUGUAUGUAGAAGAAUCUAUAGCCGAGAUCAUACGAGAAAUGGAAGAUCGCAAGUUAAAAGCUGUGGCCACAGAACGUUUUGAAUAUGCUCGCAAACUUAAGCUAUGUAUGAGUGCUUUACGCACCGCUGGUGAAAGACUAGGACGUUAUGCCUUGGCCAAACGCCAGGCAGUGCAACAGGAAGAUUUUACUACGGCCAAGCUAAGAAAAGAACAAAUAGAAAUGUACAAAUCGUCGGUAUUCAAGCAUUUACUAAUCGAUGAGUUGUUAGAGAAAAAUGGCGAAUCGAUGGCCUCUAAUGAUAUGGCUUGUGAGGUUUAUGCCUCCAAACCCAUACUACCGGUAGCGCCCAGUUUACAAGAUGUGGCCCAAGCUUUGGCAGAGGCUCAUUUGGCCGCAACUAUGAGUCCUAAAAGUGCCCAAGAUGAUAAAUCCUCUACAGAUGGCAAUAGCUCUACCGGAGGUUUAGGCAAUCUCUCUCAGACCAAUCACAGCAACAGUAUAAGUGACAAUAUUUCAACGUUAUCGGCCGCCAGUUUACGUAAAUCUCACGAUGAAAUACCCAUGUCGCCCAAAUUGAAUAUGCGCCGCAGUCCCAGCCGUCAUAGUUCACCCAUGUCCAGUCAUCAGGGUUCUUUAAGGAGGCGCAAUAAAAGUGCUCCUCGCAAUUCCUAUGAAGAAUAUGAAGAUCGUGCCAUACCCACUCUAAGGCAUUCGAAUACUAAUGAAUUUUUAAGAGAGUGUCAAGGUACCGCUUUACUGGACUCCGAUCCCAAUCGUGGUCGUUCACGUUUAAACGAUCGUGAACGUCGUCAGGCGGCUUUGCCAAUUUUGGUCUUUGGUAAUGAUAUGGUGGAACAAUUCUACUCACGACAAUUUCAAGAUCGUGAAGAUGGUCUAGUACGUUUACGCAAUUUCCUUAAGGGCCACGAAAUUGAAACGCAACCGAAUGCCAAUAAUUCAAAUAGUGAAAAUACAGCCGGACCUAAUAAAGUAGCACGCAGUGCUGCUUUCCUACUACAUCGUUCAGUACGAGAUGCUGUAUAUUCGGUAUUUAAUCAAGCCACCGAAACAGUGCGAGUGCUAUUUUUGGAAUAUGUGCCCGGCAGAGUGUCGCAGAGUGAGGUGGCCCGCUGUGUAGAUCGUUUGCUGCCCGAAUUGUUGGCCAAAUCGGGAGAUCCGUCGGCUCGAAUACAUACAUUGGCUCAACAUACUAUAUUGAGUAUAGCCUCUUGUCCCGAAGUGCAGGAACAGCAUCUAGUGGCGCCCGCUUUAUCCAGAACUGUUAGUUCGGGUACACAUCCUCGCUUGGCCUUGAGUCGUAUGCAAAUGUUAGAACAAUUGGUGCUAAGUCAAGGCAUUAGCACUGACAAACAUAGCGGACUAACGUGUAGAGCUUUGUCUGAGUGUGGCUGUUCGGGCAUACAUCAUCCAGCGGAGCCGGUGCGUAAAGUAGCCGAGAGGAUACUUUUGCUAGUGUACAAAGUAAAUCCUCGUCUUGUGCGUAAACAGCUACCGCCUGAUGAUGAUAUAACACGACGCAAUUUAUUGUAUCGCCAAUUGUUUACAGAAUUUGAUAAGUUGGACUUGGAACGUAAGGCAGAGAUGUUGGAGGCAAACAAAUAUGCUGGCGGUCAUAGUUCCAGUGAUCCACAAUCACCACCCUCAAAUCGUAGUGCUGUGGAUCAUUUACAGUUGGGCGGUGGUGGUGGCGGGGCAAGUGGUAGCUCCGACAGUCGUGCUAGUCCCUAUAGUUUUGGUUGCAAAUCUCCUGACUCCCAAUCAAGUCCCAUGAGAAGAUCUGAAACACGUAUUUUAAAGAGUAAAAGUGGUCAAACUUUGGCUCAAGCGGGUAAUCCAGGAGGUAGUAAUGGUUACUUAACUUCAGGUAAAGAUAUUGCCAAAUGUAAUGGCAAACAACAGUAUAAUGAACAGUUGAAAAGAUCCAUGAUAUCGGCCAGUAGUUCUAGAAAAAACUCCAACUCAAAUUCUGAAUCAUUUGAAGAGGCAGCGGAUGUUAUUCGUUGUCCCUUUUGUGAUUGGUCCUCGCAAAAUGGCGAUCAAGCUCAAUUGGAUCGCCACUAUUGGAAAUCUUGUCCAUUCCUGACUAAGUGUCCUCAAUGCAGCCAGGUUUUAGAAGUGGCUGCUUUAAAUUAUCAUUUAACAAAAAACAAGUUAGCUUUGGAAGACCUAGAUUUUCAAUUAUUUUCUAUACAAACGUUUAUAGGAAAGAGUCUUUCAUGCCGUUUAAUUGUUUCCCAAAUGUCCAAUACACGUUGUGAAAGUUUCCAUUGGAUGACUCCCAUCUAUGUCAUCUGUAUUGCUAUGGGCCUCUGGCUGCCCAGUUUAGAACGUUUUAUGUUAUACUUCUUAUUCAUUGUCACAACAUUGAGUCAUUGGCAUUAUGGUUCAUCGGUGGUAAAUCAAAUGUGUGAACAUUUUAAUCGUAUUUGCUUUAGUGUUCAUAUGCGUAAAACAAAUGAAGAAACAACAUCAUCCACCCUCAAAGUAAAUGGUGAUAAUUUAGCAACAACAAAUUCAAAUACUCCUUUAAUUACUAACAUAACCUCACCUAGUACAUCCACGUUGUCUUCUACUUCUUCUAAAGAAGAAUCAGCUAAAAAAUUGGAAUAA